UCCAAUCAUUAUUUCACCAUUCCUAAAUGAAUUUUCAUCAUUCAGCAAUCGAAUAAUUUCACACUUUGCUUUGCCCACGUUCGGGGAAGCGAUCCGACCCCACCAAAGUUUUCAAAUUUCAGUCAAUCGAACCCUAAAAAAAAUUCUAACCAAACGAAACUGCACAAGCGAGUGUUCCACGAGGCUGAAGUUGGCUGCGUGAAAAAAUCAAGGACGACAAAACCAAUGGAAUCUCGGCUCAUUGACAGCCUUUGAAUCUGCUUUAACCGCAAAGAUCCAUCAAUGUUUUCGUACGAUAAACCGAAAUCAAGAAAUGCGCAAGAGGUCAAAGAGUCUGAUUACGGAUACGUGUUCGGAGUGUCGGGCCCGGUGGUGACAGCAGCGAAGAUGCGAGGUUCAGCGAUGUACGAACUGGUGAGAAUCGGUCACGCGAAGCUCGUUGGUGAGAUAAUACGAUUGGACGGCGAAAUGGCGACGAUUCAAGUCUACGAGGACACGAAUGGCCUGACGGUGGGCGACCCGAUUCUGCGAACCGGGACGCCGCUCUCGGUGGAAUUGGCGCCAGGAAUCCUGGGGAGUAUCUUCGACGGGAUCCAGCGUCCUCUGAAGGACAUUUCGGUGGCUUCCGGUUCGAUAUACAUACCGAACGGUGUCAAUAUGCCUUCGGUCUCCCGAGAAACUCGCUGGGAGUUCGUGCCGAAGAACAUGCGUCUGGGAAGUCCGCUGAUGGGUGGCGACAUAUUUGGGUUCGUUUACGAGAACACGCUGGUCAAACACUCGAUAGGUUUGCCCCCGAAAUCGUACGGCAGGCUCCUCUACGUGGCACCACCCGGCGAAUACACCGUCAACGACGUCGUCCUGGAAACCGAGUUCGACGGCAAGGUCACGGAGCACAGGAUGCUCCAAGUGUGGCCGGUGAGGCAGCCGAGACCGGUUGCCGAGAAGCUCCUAGCGAAACACCCGUUGCUGACGGGGCAGAGGGUCCUCGACGCCCUUUUUCCGUGCAUUCAAGGCGGCACGACCGCGAUACCGGGUGCCUUUGGUUGUGGCAAAACGGUCAUAUCCCAGGCGCUCUCAAAGUACUCCAAUUCCGAUGUGAUCGUUUACGUUGGAUGCGGAGAACGUGGCAACGAGAUGUCCGAAGUGCUGCGCGACUUUCCCGAGCUGUCCGUCGAGAUCGACGGCAAUCCCGAGUCGAUAAUGAAGCGCACCGUCCUCGUUGCGAACACUUCGAACAUGCCAGUCGCGGCUCGGGAAGCUUCCAUCUACACGGGAAUAACGAUCUCCGAGUACUUCCGCGACAUGGGAUACAACGUGUCGAUGAUGGCGGACUCGACCUCCAGGUGGGCCGAAGCUCUUCGCGAAAUCAGCGGCAGAUUGGGCGAGAUGCCGGCCGACUCGGGGUACCCUGCCUACUUGGGGGCUCGGCUGGCAAGCUUCUACGAGAGAGCUGGAAGGGUCCUUUGCUUGGGCAGCGAAAGACGAGAGGGCUCGGUCAGCAUAUUGGGCGCCGUUUCUCCACCCGGUGGCGACUUCUCGGACCCCGUUACCAGCGCGACUCUUGGCAUAACCCAGGUCUUCUGGGCCCUGGACAAAAAGCUCGCGCAGAGGAAGCACUUCCCGGCGAUAAACUGGCUCAUCAGCUACAGCAAGUACCACAAGAGCCUCGACGACUUCUACGAGCUCCAUUUCCCUGGCUUCGACGUCAUACGCGACCGAGCCAAAGGCAUCCUCCAGGAGGAGGAGGAACUCAACGAGAUCGUUCAGCUCGUCGGCCGCGGCUCGCUCUCCGAGUCCGACAAGAUCGUCCUCGAGUCCGCGAGGUUACUCAAAGACGAUUUCCUCCAGCAAAACAGCUACUCGGCCUACGACAGAUUUUGCCCUUUCUACAAAACCUACGGGAUGCUGAAAAACAUGGUGACGUUUCACGACCUCGCUACAAAAACCGUCAAGGCCGAGGCCUCCGGCGAUCACCAAAUCACGUGGGCCGCCCUUCGGGAUUCGAUGAGCGACAUUCUCUAUCAACUCGGCUACAUGAAGUUCAUGGAUCCCAUCAAAGAUGGCGAGGACAAAAUUACCCGGACUCUUGAUCAGCUCAACGAAGACAUGCAGCAGGCUUUUGCCUCGAUUUUGCCUUGAGAUUAUUUUGGCUCAUUUCUCGUUUGGUAAUUCUGCUACAACCGCCUGAGAAUUUCUAUGA